GUUCAUCACCGGGAUCAAUGCCCUUGCUGUCGAUGGUAUCCAGCAGCCUUGUGGGUCGACUUACAAAAAGAGACGCUGCGCCGACGAAGAGCCACAUCCGGUUUGUGGAGCAAAACCGGGUAUUCACAAUCGAAGCUCGGGUCCGGCUGGAUGCCGAGGAGCCGUGCUGAUUAAGCGUCAGCGCGGCGAUAAAAUUCAUGUGGCAGAUCGCCUGCGCAACUUGAUUCCUCGCAGGAUAGCUCCCGAUCACGACGGAAUUGGGCCGGUUUGAAGAUGGAUAGGGACAGGCCUGCUCCGGCGCUUAUACCAUUGAUACCGCGGCUCCUGGUCCUGCUCGGCCUGCUCGUAUGCUGCGCCCGGGCCGAGGCGGAUCUCAGCUGUCCGGAUUAUGUGGCAAGACAUGCGCCCAUGCUCUGGCUGCAUUCGCAAGACCCGUACAAGCCUAGCGACCUGCUAACUCACAUCCGCCAUACGACGCCAAUGCGGGAUGGGAAGCCAAUCAAGGACCUCCCUGAGCUGGACCUGGACAACUUGGAAAUCGUCAACCAGUUUGGGCCGCACAUUCCCCUCACCUCCAACGACGACCCUACCACGUACCCAGCAUGGCUCUUUGGCGAGGCGCCUGACGCCGCGGGCAAGAUCCACAACUCGACGCCUUCGUGUGUGAUUGUGGUUGAGAGGGGGCCGCUCGAUCUCGACGCGUUCUAUUUCUACUUCUACUCGUACAAUGAAGGCCCCAACGUCACCCAAGUCCUGGAGCCGCUGAACCAUCUGGUGGACAAUGAAAAGAUAGAGGCAGGAAUGAAUUUUGGCGAUCAUGUUGGAGACUGGGAGCAUAACAUGGUUCGUUUCCACAAUGGGACGCCUGUUGGUAUUUACUACAGUCAACACGUAGACGGAAUGGCCUACGACUGGGACGAUCCGACCGUCAACAAGACCGAUGGACGUCCUAUUGUUUACAGCGCUCGCGGCUCUCAUGCGAACUACCCAACAGCAGGUGACCAACUCCACAACUUGGCUCUGAUCGACUACUGCGACGAAGGUCAAAAGUGGGAUCCUGUGCUUUCAGCAUACUUUUAUCGCUUCGACCCUGCCACUUCCAAGUUGACCACCCUGCUGCCUCCGUACCAAUCCUCUUCUUCACCGCCCUCAUUUAACCUAACCUCGUUCUUCUACUUUACCGGGCUCUGGGGUGAUAGACAGUACCCAGACUCCGAUCCACGCCAGGAAGUCAUCCCGUACUUUGGUCUCAGGCGCUUCCAGUCUGGACCGACAGGCCCGCGGCAUAAGCACCUCGUACGAAAGGGACUCAUGCCGGAUCAAAGGCGGAAAAUUGGUUGGUUGGAGUGGGCUGUGACCCUUUACAUGCGACUAUAUCCUUGCUGUGUAAAAGGAUGGAGAGCCUGGAUUUCUCUCGGAGUUGUCGUGAGUAUUGUGUUGGUGAUUGUACUGGGGAUUAAGAUUUUCCUCAAGAGGUACAGGUCAAGGGGUUAUAGAAAGGUGCAGGCGGAGGAUAUACAGUUAGACGAGUGGCAAAGGGAGGAAGACGAUUUAUUCUCCUCGUCGGAUGAAGAAGGGAGGUAGCAAGAAACUGGAACAUGAGCCGCUAUUACCUUGGAAGGCAAUUUAGAUGAACUUAAAGAGUUGGGCAACGUAAAACUGGGCUAACUGGGUCACCUGGAUCUCGGCUGAUCAUGAUAGGGCCUGGUAAAGUGGUUGGCAGUUGCACUUCUCACCUUGAAUCUAGUGCUUAUCAGUCUCUCAGCUGCACUUUGCCAGGGAGGAUACGACUCUUACAGAUAUCUGCUCGUACAUCAACCAUCUCAAGAACAUGGGAAACAUAUUGAAAGUGGAUCUAGUCUGGGAACAGUUCCAAGUUAGAUCGCUCAAGCGUCUGGAGGGUGGGGAAGUCCGCAGAACGCACCAAUGAAGUUCAGGACUAACCAAGCCAACAUGAG